UGCUUUCCCUUUCUACCUUUUUUAUAUUCCCACUCAUCUCUUUGUUUGCUUUGGGAAAAUUAGGGGAGUGAGUGAAGCAUUUGGAUUUGAAAAUGGGGGAGCCCCAUUUGUGGAAAAAGUGGUGUCUCACUGUUGGAAGUUAGGUAAUGUUGAUAAUAAAGGAUCUUGCUUUUUCUGGUAAACUGAUGGCAAUGCUUGUGAAACCUUGACACUUUAUCAAGUUCAUUGUGGGGAGGUUUUGGGUCGCAAAAAGGUUUGUGCUUUCUUAUGAUUCGUGUUGCUGGUUUGGUGUUCUGUGAUGGGUUUUAUGAUUCUAGUGUGAGGAGUAUUGCGUGUUGAGCAAAUUAGGGGUUUUGGUCAAGGGUUUUUGAGUUGAGGCCUUGAGGGGUGGGAACUGGUGUUUGAUUACUGCUCCACUUUUUAAAGAGGUCAGUGUUUGAUUGCUUCACUCUCAAGUUGUGAAUCUUUCUGAUUUUUGAGGUGCUUUGGGAUGUGGCCUCUGGGUUUUAAAAUUUAAGUUUCUGCUUUUGGGUAACAAUUUGAGAUUGAAUAGCUUCUUUGCUUGCAUAUAUGUAGUCUGGGGAUCUGAUUCCAACUGGGUUUCAAAUUCAAUACUUGCUUGAUUCAAUUAGCAAGUGGCUAGUUGGUUAUUAAAGUGAAGCUCUUCUGGGAUUUGGGUGUAGGAGUUUCUUCAUUUGGAAUUUCUUUCCCUGAAAAGCAGUGCUGAAUUGUGUAAUGAUUCAGCUGAGUGUUAUGGGAGUGUUGGUAUUAGCUUGAGUUGGAUAUCUGCUUUGGUUUCAGUAAUGGUGUUGCUGGGGAUUAUUCCAAUGACAUGCCUCUAUUGGGUCUUCCUGGCUUGGUUUCUUGGUUUAUCUCUGAGUCUUGAUGUCCCUAUCCAAUCAUGUGAUCCAAGUGAUCUUCUUGCACUCAAGAGGUUUGCAGGAAACCUUACAAGUGGCUUUAUCAUCACAGCAUGGUCCAAGAACUCAAAUUGCUGCCAAUGGGAUGGUGUGGUUUGUGAGAAUGUGAGCAAUGGGACAGCUGCAAGCAGAGUCAGAGUCACCAAGUUGUUUCUUCCCAGCAUGAGUCUCAACGGAACGAUUUCGCGUUCUUUGGGUGGAUUGGAUCAGCUGCAAUUGCUUAAUCUUUCUUUGAAUCAUCUUGGAGGUGGAUUGCCAGAAGAGUUCUCAAACUUGAAGCAGCUGCGAGUUCUUGAUUUGAGCUAUAAUAGGCUUUCAGGACCAGUUUCAGGUGCGCUUAUUGGUUUGAAGUUCAUUAAAGUACUGAACAUUUCAAGCAACUCGAUCAGUGAUGACUUAUCUGAGCUAGGGGGUUUCCCAAAUCUUGUGGUGUUCAACAUAAGCAAUAAUUCAUUCACUGAUCAGUUUAAUCCUCAAAUUUGUAGCUCUUCCAAUGCAAUUCGUAUUCUUGAUUUGUCUUUGAACCGUUUCACCGGCAGUCUUGAAGGCUUAGGCAGUUGUAGCACAUCUCUCCAGCGAUUGCACUUGGACUUCAAUUCAUUUGCAGGCCAGCUACCUGAAGCUCUCUACUCAUUUUCGGCCAUGGAGCAGCUUUCAGUCUCUGGUAACUCUCUUUCUGGCCAGAUAAGCAACAAACUAAGUAAGUUCUCUAGACUCAAGAAAUUACUCAUUUUUGGAAACCAAUUUGGAGGUGAAAUUCCAAAUGUGUUCGGGAACCUUAGUCGACUAGAACAAUUGGUUGCACAUUCAAAUAUGUUAUCUGGGGCAUUGCCUUCAACUUUGGCAUUCUGCUCAAAUCUUCAAGUGCUAGAUAUUCACAACAAUUCCUUAUCUGGUUCUAUUGAUCUAAAUUUCACUAGCCUUUCCAAACUCUGCACCCUUGACCUUGCUACUAAUCGUUUUUCAGGCUCCCUUCCAAAGUCACUGUCAAACUGUCUUGAGUUAAAAACCUUAAGCCUUGCUAAGAAUGAGUUAAGGGGUUCAAUCCCUGAAGACUUUGCCAAGCUCACAUCCCUAUCCUUUCUCUCAUUGUCAAAUAACAGUUUUGCAAACUUAUCUGAGGCACUAUCUGUGCUACAUCAGUGCAAAAACCUCACCACUCUUAUUCUUUCCAAAAAUUUCCUUCGUGAGGAGAUUCCCAAAAAUGCUAGUGGCUUUGAAAGUUUAAUGGUUAUAGCACUUGGGAAUUGUGGUCUUAGAGGUCAAAUUCCAGCUUGGUUAUUGAGGUGCAGGAAGUUGGAAGUCCUUGAUUUGUCAUGGAAUGAUUUGGAUGGUAGUAUCCCUUCGUGGAUUGGUCAGAUGGAGAACUUAUUUUAUGUGGACUUUUCAAAUAAUUCUCUCUCUGGAGAGAUCCCAAAAAGUUUAACAGAGCUGAAAAGCCUCAUAUCUACAAAUUGCAGUCGGUCAUAUCUUACUGCCUCUGCAGCCAUCCCACUGUUUGUGAAGAGAAAUAAGAGUGCUAUUGGACUGCAAUACAACAAGGCAUCGAGUUUUCCACCUUCAAUAUACUUGAGCAACAAUAGAAUCAAUGGAUCAAUUUGGCCUGAAGUCGGACGACUGAAACAGCUCCAUGUUUUGGAUUGGAGCAGGAACAACAUUACUGGGACCAUUCCUAGCUCAAUUUCAGAGAUGGAGAACUUGGAAACAUUGGAUUUAUCGUGGAAUAAUCUGUAUGGUUCCAUCCCUCCAUCCCUUAGCAAGCUCACAUUCUUGUCGAAAUUUAGUGUGGCAAAUAAUCACUUGCAUGGAGUCAUUCCCAAUGACGGACAGUUCUUGAGCUUUCCCAAUUCAAGCUUUGAAGGAAACUCAGGACUCUGUGGGGAAAUAUAUAUUCCAUGUUACACUAAGACUGCAGGUCCCAAGCCUGUAAUGCCAUCAAGUUCAAGCAGUAGAUUUGGUCGGAACAGUAUCCUUUUAGUGACACUCAGCAUAGGAGUUGGGAUUGCAGUACUUCUUGCAAUUGGUGUACUUAGAAUGUCAAGGAGGAAAACUGAGAAUCAAAUUGAUGAUUUCGAUGAGGAACACGCCAGGCCUCACAGGUCAUCAGAAGCACUUGCAUCUUCAAAAUUGGUGCUUUUUCAGAAUGCUGGUUGCAAGGAUUUCACAGUUGCAGAAUUGUUAAAAUCUACAAGCAAUUUUAACCAAUCCAACAUAAUUGGUUGUGGUGGUUAUGGGCUGGUUUACAAAGCUGACCUACCUAAUGGCACAAAAGCUGCAAUCAAGAGACUUUCUGGAGAAUGUGGACAGAUGGAACGCGAAUUUCAAGCUGAAGUGGAAGCCCUCUCAAGAGCUCAGCACAAGAACCUUGUAUCUCUUGAAGGCUACUGCAAGCAUGGUAAUGAUAGGUUGUUAAUUUACUCUUAUAUGGAGAAUGGAAGCUUGGAUUAUUGGCUGCAUGAAAGUGUUAAUGGAAUUUCACCUCUCAAAUGGGAUGUAAGACUUAAGAUAGCUCAAGGUGCUGCCCAUGGAUUGGGUUACCUGCAUAAGGGCUGUCAGCCAAAUAUUGUGCAUCGAGAUAUAAAAACCAGCAACAUUCUUUUAGAUGAAAAGUUUGAAGCUCAUCUGGCUGAUUUUGGUCUUUCCAGGCUACUUCGUCCUUAUGACACCCAUGUUACCACAGAUUUGGUUGGGACUUUGGGUUAUAUUCCUCCAGAGUAUAGUCAGACGUUAACUGCAACCUGCAGGGGCGAUGUUUACAGUUUUGGUGUUGUUCUUCUUGAACUUGUAACUGGCAGAAGACCUGUUGAAGUGUGCAAAGGAAAAAACUGCAGAGAUCUGGUAUCAUGGAUGUUUCAGAUGAGACAUGCGAAGAGAGAGGAGGAAAUUAUAGAUUCAUCAAUCUGGAAUAAGAAUCAUGAGAAGCAGCUUUUGGAGGUGCUUGAUGUUGCCUGUAAAUGUCUAGACCCCAAUCCCAGACAGAGACCCUUUAUUGAAGAAGUUGUAUUGUGGCUUGAUGGUAUUGGAUUGGAAAGUGAGAAACAAUGAAGAUCCUUGCUGCAUUUUACCUUAUGGAACCAACCUGAGGUUCGAUUGGGAUCCCAAAGUGGAAAGUGAUUUACAGGAAUGAAAGGUUAAGGAUUACCAGGGGAGACAGAUUCAUCAUCACUUCAUGAGUAUGGAUUAUAAUUGCUUGUAUGAGAAAGGCAUAUGAAAUCUAAACUUGCCUGUUCUCUAAUAUUAGACUUCCAUUACCCUUUUGGAGUUUUGGUAACUUUCUAACCAUCUGCAUUGGUUUCCAGAACUUGCUCCACUCACUGUCUCAUUGUUUUUGUAACUUCAUUAGUGACUUGCCUAUAAGGUAAAUCUGAUGUGGUGAAUUCGAACAUGAGGUCCAAUCUGGUCUGAAUUGAACAGCCUAAAU